UAUAUAAGCACGACAUAGCACAAGGAACUAGGAAAUAGAUGGAUACGAGGAGAAAGAGGCAUUUCGUGUUGGUUCAUGGAGCUUGCCAUGGGGCAUGGUGUUGGUACAAGAUUGUUGCUCUAUUGAAAUCUGAUGGACAACAAGUCACAACACUAGACAUGGCAGCUUCUGGAAUUCACCCAAAGCAAGUUCAUGAAUUGAAUUCUAUUACAGAUUAUUAUGAACCGUUGAUGGAAUUUCUAAGGUCAUUGCCACAAGAGGAGCGUGUGAUUUUGGUGGGUCAUAGUUUGGGUGGAAUUUGCAUAUCUAUGGCUAUGGAAUUUUUUCCUAACAAAAUUGCAGCUGCUGUAUUUGUUACAGCUUUUAUGCCUUCUCCUCAACUAAGCUUCGUAACUCUUUUCCAAGAGUAUAAUCAAACGACGGAUUCCAGCAUGGACUCGAAAGAUACAUUUGACGACAGCCCAAAUAAUAAACCCAAUGGAACCAAAGUACUUGGGCCCCAACUCUUAGCAUCCAAGUUCUAUCAACUAUCUCCACAUGAGGACUUGUGCCUUGCAAUGUUAUUAGUAAGGCCUGUUCGCACCUUUGGUGAUCAAGAGCUAUUACAACAGAAAACAAGUGUCACUAAAGACAACUACGGAACUGUUGCCAAAGUCUACAUUGUAUGCCAACAAGACCAAGUGAUAAAGCAUGAUUUUCAGCUAUCAAUGAUUGAACGAAAUCCUACAAACGAGGUUAAAGUGAUUGCUGAUGCUGAUCACAUGCCUAUGUUCUCUAAACCGAAAGAGCUUUUUGCAUAUCUUCAAGAAAUUGCAGAGACAUAUUAUUAGCACCUGAGUUUGUGUGCUAAUUUGAAUUUAUAAUAAUGAUGACUAUAAAGAAUAAAUAUCAAAUUAUCAUAAAGCACUCACAUCUCACAUCUCUAUAAUGAAUAAAUCAAUAAAUGAUAUUAUAACUAUUUUGAUUA